GCAAAAAGAUAAUUUAAAUAUAGAUGGUACCAGGCGUAUGGGACAACUUCGAACACAAAUUGAUCAUCUUACACGAUUGAAACGUCAACCUUCUAAAAUUGAAGAAGAGAUUAAGAUUUUGCAAGAUAAGAUUUUUCGCAAGUGGCCAAAUCAAGGAAAAUAUUACCAAAGAAAUUCAACCAUUCGUAUUAAAGCCGAUGAAGCCAAAUCUAUAUUGGAAAGUAAAAAAGAAGAAUUAGAUGAGAUCAAGGAAAAAUUUGAUGAAAAAACCGAAAUUAUUAAUCAGAUUAGAGCAAUUGAG